AUGCAGGAUGACGACGCAGCUUCAGCAAGCGACGUUACCGUAAAAGUCCAACCGUUGUCCGACAAGGACGGAGUCAUUAUUACAGUCCAACCUCCGAGAUUACCACAAAACGAGAAGUUCUCGCAUGCGCCCUGUGAUAUUGCCCUGGUAAUCGAUGUCUCGGGUAGCAUGGGCACUGACGCGCCAGCCCCUGGCGAGCAAGAGAGGACAGGCCUCUCAGUACUGGACCUGGUCAAGCACGCCUGCCGCACUAUCAUGUCAACGAUGACCAAGGAUGAUCGACUAGCUAUCGUGACUUUUUCCAACGGGUCCAAUGUUCUGCAACCCCUGACCGAAAUGACGGAUGCCAACAAAGAAGCCGCCAAAGCAAAGAUUGAGGCAAUGGAAGUUGAAAGCUGCACAAAUCUGUGGCACGGCUUGCGGGACGGCAUCAAGCUCUUCAAAGAUGAAGCAAACACAGGGCGCGUGCCCGCUGUCAUGGUUUUGACGGACGGUGUGCCUAACCACAUGUGUCCUCCACAAGGAUAUGUCCCGGCCCUGAAGGCGAUGGGUGGAAUCGUGCCGUCAGUUCACACCUUUGGGUUUGGCUAUAUGCUCAGAUCAGGGCUACUGAAGUCCAUUGCAGAAUUUGGCGGAGGUAAUUAUGCCUUCAUUCCUGAUGCAGGAAUGAUAGGCACCGUAUUUGUCCACGCCGUCGCCAACCUCCAGUCCACUUACGCAAACAAUGCCGCGCUCCGAUUGACAUAUCCAGAUAUCGUCACUAUAGAGCAGACGACCGGCGCUGCUGUUGGUCAAGAGAAACCAACUCAGGCUCGUGGCGGCAAUUUUGAGCUCAGCAUACCAUUAGGCAACCUCCAAUAUGGCCAGUCUCGGAAUAUUUACUUGAGAUGGAAGAGUAGCUCGGCAGACAGCGAUGUGGAACCGUCCUACCUCAAUGUUGCCCUUCAAUACAACAAGAUGACUGAGGCGCAGUAUGUCUGCCAUUCCAGCCGAGAUCUGAUGGAUCUAUCCUUCACAACGAUAUCGGACGCUGAAAUAGCUUAUCACGUCUCUCGAUCCCGCAUAUGCGCCUUUCUUUCCGAGCUCUUCCCCAUCGACCAUCUUGGCGAACACCGUCUGGCCCCAAGACUCCAAUGCGUCGCCGGUCUCACGGAAAAGCAACAAAAGCUCCGCGAUCUCAUCGCCUCGAUCCCGGCAGCACACUUCCCUAACGACUCGAGAUGUACAUCGCUCAUGGAAGACUUGGAUGGACCCCAACCCCUGGGUCAAGUUUCCCUUGCACUCUCGCGAGACGACUACCUCAGGCGCUGGGGCCAGCACUAUCUGCCCAGUCUGCACGGCGCACACGUCAGGCAGAUCUGCAACAGCUUCAAGGAUCCGGGCCCGCUUCAGUACGGCUCCGACUCCCCGCUGUUCAUGAAAUGCCGCGACGCGCUGAGCAAUGCCUUCGACGACCUCCCCGCCCCAAAACCGAGCAACAUUCCCUCAGAGGCAGUCAACUUCCAAGGCCACGCCCGCUAUAACAGUGCCAGGGCUCCCAGGGGCUUUUUCAGGGGCAGAGCAUCGUAUUCCCCAACGCGCGGAGCUCACGGCUCGUUGGCCAUCUCGAUGAGAUCGUACAACUCCUCCAGCGCGCCGUGCUUCGCUGGGCGGACGCCGGUGCGCCUCGCCAGCGGCAAGCAUGUCCGCAUCUCGUCGCUGCGGAAGGGGACCAGAGUAGCCACGCCCCUGGGACCUAGGAAGGUUGCCGCCGUGCUCGUGACGCCUGUGCGCAGGCAGGUCAUGGUUCGGCUGGAAGGCGUGCUCGUCACGCCGUGGCACCCCGUCGCCCUGCCCACCGCUGACCCUGUGACUGGCGAGGACGCAGGACAUGGCUGGGUGUUCCCCGCCCAGGUUCAACCCCAGGAGCUGGUAAGGUACACCGGCGCAAUCUACAGUGUAUUGCUACAGCGGGAUGGAGAUGUGGAUGCGCAUGCUAUUGCGCUCGGUGGUGGGCCGGGUAAGGUCGUGCCGUUCUGGGGUGUCACACUGGGCCAUGGGAUGGUUCAGACAAGGGGAGUCAAUGAUGUGAGGGCCCACCGAUUCUUUAGGAGUCGUGACAAGGUUUUGAGGAGCCUGGCGGCAAUACGAAUGAGGAGGGAUGGAUUGGUCAUUGGCGGUGGAGUGAAGAGAAGCAAGAACACUGGUCUUGUGACGGGAUUUAAAGCGUAUCAGCAGCGGCACCAAGGUGCUUCCAGGCCCUCAUUGCAGGCUCGUGCGGGUGGUGCGAGACGUCGCGCGGUGAUGCUUGGUUCGAAGGUGUGCAAGGCUGCGGCGCAGUAA